ACCAAAGUCAUUAUAUAUAGACCUUCUAGUUUUGUAAGUUUUGAUCGAGAAGUAUUGCUCCUCUUAUUUCUUCUGUAGACUCUCUACUCAUUCCUUUUUAAUCUUAAUAUGGAUGGGAAGAAGCUGGAGUAUAAGGGUGAGGAUGCCUUGAAGGAGAUUGAAAAGUUAACAGCAAAGGCUGGUGAAGUCCAGUAUGACAUACUGAAAGAAAUAUUAAAGAGAAAUGUGGAAACUGAGUAUUUGAACAAGUUUAUGAAAGGAUCUAAAGAUGUUUCUGAGUUUAAAAGUUGUGUCCCAGUUAUUACCUACAAGAAUAUCCAUCCUUAUAUCCAGAGAAUUGCUAAUGGUGAAGACUCUUCCCUCAUUACUGGUCAGCCCAUAACUGAAAUGUUGUGCAGCUCAGGGACCUCUGCUGGAGAGCCUAAAUUAAUUCCAUCAAUAUCUGAAGAUCUUGACCGUCGCACCUUUCUUUAUAAUCUCACCAUGCCAAUUAUGAACCAGUACAUUUCCGGUCUUGAUGAGGGCAAGGCCAUGUAUCUAUACUUUGUCAAGGCUGAAAUGUCUCUACCAUGUGGCCUGCCAUUUCGAACUGUGCUGACCAGCUACUACAAGAGCAAGCACUUCAAGUGCCGAACACGAGACACAUUUAAUGAUUUUACAAGCCCAGAUCAAGCCAUCUUGUGCAAUGAUAGCAACCAAAGCAUGUACUGCCAAUUGCUAGCUGGUCUAGUACAUCGUGACCAGGUUAUGAGGCUAGGGGCUGUAUUUGCAUCGGCUCUUCUCCGAGCUAUCUCUUUUCUUGAGCGUAAAUGGGUUCAUCUAUGCAAUGAUAUCCGCACUGGCCAGCUUGACCUUACCAUCAUAGACCCUGCAUGCCGGUCAUCAAUGAUAUCCUUACUAUCAUCACCGAACCCCCAUCUAGCAGAUGAGAUUGAGGGCAUUUGUAGCUGUCCAUCUUGGAAAGGAAUCCUGUGUCACCUUUGGCCUAGGGCCAAGUACAUUGAGACUGUAGUCACUGGCUCCAUGGCACAGUAUAUACCAGCUCUUGAGUAUUACAGUGCAGGGAAGUUGCCUUUGGUUUGUACCAUGUAUGCUUCCUCUGAGUGUUACUUUGGUGUCAACUUGAAACCCUUAUGUGACCCCGCAGAAGUAGCAUUUACCCUCUUGCCUAACAUGGGUUACUUUGAGUUUUUACCAUUGGCAGAAAAUGGAACAUUUUCCAUGGACAUAGAUGAAGAGGAGGGGAUGCUGAAUGACAGACUUAUGGAUUUGGUGAAUGUUAAAGUUGGCUGCUAUUAUGAAUUGGUGGUUAGUACUUUUGCUGGUCUGUAUCGAUAUCGAAUUGGAGAUGUGCUCCAGGUGACUGGAUUUCACAAUCAAGCCCCACAAUUCCGAUUCAUCUGCAGGAGAAAUGUUGUGCUUAGUGUUGACAAUGACAAAACCAACGAGGAAGAUCUUCACAGAAGCGUCACCACAGCAAAAACAUUGUUAGAACCCUACAAUGCUUUGCUUGUAGAAUACACCAGCUAUGCUGAUACAUCCACUGUCCCCGGACAUUAUGUACUCUUCUGGGAAAUUCAAAUGAUAGACUCAGCCACCUCAAUUGAUGCCAAGCAGCUAGAAGAAUGUUGCAUUACCGUGGAAGAAGAGCUUGAUUAUGUUUAUAGGCAAUGCCGUAGCUGGGAAAGGACGGUGGGACCACUUGAGAUACGGGUGGUUGAGCCUGGAACAUUCGAGGUGUUGAUGGAUUUCUUCAUCAGCCAAGGGGGUUCAAUCAAUCAGUAUAAAACACCAAGGUGCAUAAAGUCUAAUACUGCUCUUAAGUUGCUUAAUUCUCAUGUCUUGGCAUCAUUCUGUAGUCCUAGGGAUCCCAAAUGGAUUCCCUUGAAUGAGUAAUAUCCGAAUCCAAACUUUGUUUUGUUUGGUUUGGUUUAUCUUCUCAGUCUAUCUACCUAAAUUAUUGUAGUAGUUUCUAACGUGGGUUGGCAGCACAUGCAAUUGGAUGGCCCAGAUUGUCAGACUAAAGCUAUGUGUCAUUGGCCAAUCUGUAUCAUUUGCAAUUGGAUAUGUCUAUUUUCUACCUUAGUCCCAUAAAUUUUGCAGAAAUUUGUUGUAUUGAUGACAAGAUCAGAUUGUAACUUAGCUUUUUCAUUCCAUUCCCGGAUGGAUUAAAGUAAUUAG